AUGGCUGCCGGGAAGAGUGUCCAAUUACUCCUCGUCAUCCUUUCUUCGACGUCCGUCAUUUCGCACUCUUACGUCGCCCAGGCUGCAGGAAAAAGAUUUUUCGGCGGCUACAGGAUACUGCCGAAAGUCUGCCAGCCCACGUUACCGUCGCGCAUCAAAUCGAGCGACCCGGCGAUAUGCAUGUUCAAUUACGAGUGCUCGCAACGGAACGGGCAAGUGGUGGGCGCCUGCAUGGACGGGUUCCUGUUCGGAGCGUGCUGUCAGUUGCCGUCGAAGAACUCGGCUCUGGGUAAUACCCACGAGAAGAUCCCAGGCGGCGAUGAAAUAUUCAGCGUGCACGAAAUCGAUCACGUGCCAGAUAUUCCUAUCCUGUUAAAUUCGGACGGCACUCCGCUCGGGAUGACGGUGUACCAGGACAACACUGUGAAGACCGAGACGCCUGGCAACUAUCUCAGCCACGACGGCACCUCCUACACGAAGAUCUCCACGUACAAUGCACCGUCAACCACCGCGAGACCCUCCAGCUCGCACAUCAUGGACACCAUUCAGAACGCGGAGAAGCCGCAGAUACCUGUCCAACCGGACAUCAGCCACCUGGAGGAGGACUUCUCGAUUCUACUAGGUCAGCACAACAUUUUGGACGAACUGUCGUUGCCCGGGUUGCUCAGUCAUACCGACUCGAACAACGACAUCCAGCAUCACCAGGCCGGCGGCGCGGUUAAUCCAGUCACUACCCUGCUCAGCCCUGAUCAGAUUCUGCAGAUCGCCGAUCCGGUUGACCAGCUGCCCGCGUUGUUCUCGCAAGGACUGGGUCAGAGCAAUCACAGUUCCGCUGACACGAUACUUUUGAACGAGAACGGCACCACUUUGAACGAGACUUAUAAUCCCGACGACUUGUUCAAGCCGAGCACCGAGUCCAGCACCGAGAGGAGGAGGGUGACCGAGACUACCCAGAGGCCGAAGGUGACCGAGGGCUUCACGGUUGCGACUACCAAAAAGAAGCCUUCGUACGGCGGUACGUAUCAGGGCAAUCCUGCGACUGAGUGGGUCAAGUUCCCUGAUCAAUACGGAUCCUCCAGCUACGACCACAAGUUCGCCACGUCUUCCAUGACGAAAGCACCGGCGAUCACGCAGAUGUACAGCAAUACGCAGAGAUUCACCACCACUCCUCCCUCGAUGGAGACCGAUGUCUUCGAGAAGGCUAGCACGAUAGAGGAAAGAGUGUCCACGAAGAAUGUUCAGGCGACUGGUUUCGGGAGCGAGAAGACUACCACGCCGAUGACUACUCUGAGCGACUCGAAAGAUGACCUGGUUAAAGUGCCGACGAUAACUUACAACACUCCGUCGGGAAUCAAGAAGGACGACUUGGCGGAUAAAGAGGAAAUAGCGAUCAAUCACAUAAUUUCCAUUUUAAACAACACGAAGCCCGGCUCGGGCACCACGAUUCAAACCCCGAAUUCGUCUAUCAACAAGUGGGUCAGCAUAGACGAAACCUCGAAGCCGUCCUUGGUCAGAAUCUCCACGACGAAGACCUCGACUCCUGCGCCGAUCACUACCCAAACUUUCCCUUACAUCUUUUACAAACCAGUGCACACAUCGAAUUAUUACAACUACGAAACAGUUCCAACAGAGACGAGCUACUCCACGUAUCCAACUACCAACACGCACUAUUCGAGGCCGUCUACCCAGUCCAGCAGCUUCAGCUACACUUCCAAGACGACGACCAACCCCCCAGCUCCUACAGUGAUAGUCCUAGGACCAUUCGAAACGGAAAUCUCCACAGAGACUACUCAGAAACUGGUGACGAGGAAGCCUGAGACUAUCAAACCCACUACUACGAUAGUCAAGCCCACGACUGGAUCGCUGAAGCCUCUGACUACGAAGAAGCCUAGCGUCUCUACGACUAUAACUCACAACAUCAGCACAGUGAUUUCAAACGUGGCUACCAACAACGUCGUCUCGACGAGUUUCUUCAGCGUGAACCUGAAAGAUGGAACCACUUCCAAGCCGACAGUCAGCAACAACUACAGCACCGAGCCUGUCACCGAAAACGAAUUGAUCUCCGUGAAAGUGACCAAAAGGCCGACCAUUUGGACGACGCUGACUCCCUGGUCAGAUAAACCAAGCUUCUCCUUGAAACCGUCCACGCAAUCGCUGCUUUACCCCGAGGAGAAUUUAACGCCAGUCAACACUGUGUUCGUGAAAGACACCAGCGUCUCAACGACGGUGAAAAUCAAACCGACAACGCCAGUUCCCCAUUGCGAGGACGACACGCCUGCCCCCGACGAUCUGAUCAACUUCCCGCCGGUUCGAAACCCGAACUUGAACAUCUCCGCGCCCACUUCGCAGCAGGAGAAACCGACUAUCGUCGAAACCUUUAACAACACGGGCUAUCCCGAGAUCGAGAUAGUCGGCGAGAACGAUAUACCGACUCCGACGUUCAUCGAGGACGACGUGCUGACGAACAAGGUGGACACGUUCGUGAACAAGAUUGUGCAGAGUCUGCAAGGCAAUUUUCAAGAUCUCAAGGAUAUCGUCUACAAUCGCGCGAACACGACGUUGGCGGCUCCGUCGACUACUACCAAGAGGCCAGCGGCUACUACCAAGAAACCAGUAAGGAGACCAGCGUCCACGGCUAAACCUUCGUUGAGUACAACAAGGAGACCAGCGACCACGAAGAGACCAACGAGCAGACCAACUCCAGCGAAACCGUCGGCGACUGAAAGGCCAGUUCGUCCCACGAAACUGACAACUUCGAGACCAAAGCCAACCACACUGUCCGGGGUUACCACGAAAAAGCCUCAGGUCACGACGAAACGCACCAGGCCGACCAGAAGACCUACCACAACCCCGGCUACCAGCACGGAAGCAGUUGUUCUGGAAGAGGAGGAAGCUAGUCCGUCCACUGCGGUCGAGACGACGACCACCUCGCAAACGCCAUCUUCCACGGACCUACGCGCGCAAUGUGGAAUAAGGCCUCUAGCUAGAGAAGGGAAAAUCGUCGGAGGCAAAAGCGCGUAUUUCGGAAAAUGGCCGUGGCAAGUUCUGAUCCGAGAAGCUACCUGGCUGGGCCUCUUCACGAAGAACAAGUGCGGAGGCGUUCUGAUCACGGAUAAAUACGUCGUGACCGCUGCUCACUGUCAACCAGGAUUCCUAGCGACUCUAGUGGCCGUUUUCGGAGAGUACGAUCUCUCCGGCGAGCUGGAAGACAAACGCAGCAUGACAAGGAACGUUCGACGCGUGAUCGUGAACAGGGGCUACGAUCCGGCGACUUUCGAGAAUGAUCUGGCUCUUCUGGAGUUGGAAUCGCCGAUCGUGUUCGACGAUCAUAUCGUGCCGAUCUGUAUGCCGGAAGACGGCAUCGAUUAUACGGGCAGAAUGGCCACUGUUACUGGCUGGGGACGAUUGAAGUACAACGGCGGCGUACCAUCGACUCUCCAAGAGGUCCAGGUGCCCAUAAUAAAGAAUUCCGUUUGCCAGGAGAUGUUCCAGACAGCCGGCCAUUCCAAGCUGAUCCUCGAUAGCUUCCUCUGCGCAGGAUACGCCACUGGGCAGAAGGACUCCUGCGAGGGUGACAGCGGCGGUCCGUUGGUGAUGCAGCGACCGGACGGACGAUGGUUUUUGGUGGGCACGGUGUCGCACGGGAUCAAAUGCGCCGCGCCUUAUCUGCCCGGCGUCUACAUGAGGACCACCUACUUCAAGCCCUGGCUGCAGGGUGUUACCGGGACCAGAGGAUUAGGGAACUGA